GAACGUCGACUCAGGCGCAACUCUGUGUAUUCCGUGUUUUCGCGUAACAUUUUCCUAAUAAGAGCUUGUUUAAGAGGAAGUGUUUUCCGCGUGCAUACGAGUUUUAAAUUUUAUAAAAGACUAGCAGUAUGCGUGACAAGUUCUGAGAUCCGUCUGUAUAGCGAUUAAACAGACAAAUUGGAUGUGCUUAAAUAUGUGUGAAUUCCAGAGGCUUGUGACAAUUUUAGUGUUAGUGAGUGCAGUGGGUGCUAGUAAUGACACUGUGCGAAAUGGCUCGCGAAUGGCGUGGAUGAAAGAUUUAUUGGACCACCAUGACUGGUUAGAAUUGCUUAGUGCUAACCGAACAGUGUCGCCUGAGUGCGAAGCCGAUUUGAAAACGUAUAUCAACGCUCUUAAUGCCGGAGACCUAUGGGCUUCCAAGAUAUACGAUGCAUCAGGCCAGUACAGCCCCAACAUUCUCUUUGGCAACGAGUACUGGCUGGGGUCGCAAAACGCUUGUUACGACCUCCAACUCAAGCAGUACUACGACCAAGUGCCACCAUUCCCCACCACCUUCUUCGUGGCCAAGAUCAACUUGACCGUCGAUGGAGAUCAUAUACCAAUGACAAGAUCAAUGCUGGUGGGGCAAUGUAUGCCGUUAUCCUGUGACAACAAAGAUGUCAAGGCUUUACUACUAGCUGCGGAGACCAAUGCUGCCAACCGUGCUUUAGCAGCCAACAUAACAGCCACAGCACAAACACUUUACGUGCGCCCGGUACCUGGACCAUACAAUUUCCUUGAAGAUUUCAAGUUUCACAUCAUAGGGGCAGUCAUCAUUAUAGCUUCGUUAUGGAUGUUGGCGGCAUCUCUCUACGAAGCUCAGCUGGAGCGCCGAUACAGAACCGAACAGAAACAUGACCUUGAACUCGCCAACAACAAUCAUAAGCUACCACCUAAUUCUCCUAGCUGCAAUGACAGUAUUGGAGAAGAAAUUAAAGACAAGGAACUUCGACGAGAGAGAUGUGGUGUGUGGUCGGAAAUUCUGCUGUCGUUCUCCAUUCUAUCAAACGGGAGAGCUAUUCUUAGCACCCGGCGCCCCAACGACGGGGCUCUAACCUGCCUACAUGGAAUGAGGUUCUUGUCAGUGUUAUGGGUGAUAAUGGUACAUACGUACUUAACAAUAUUUUACAUAGCAGACAAUAAACAAAUGAGAGUCGUCACAGAGAGGAACUUUCUAUACCAAUCAGUUGGUAAUGCUUCAUACUGUGUUGAUACCUUCUUUUUUAUUAGUGGCCUGUUAGUAACCGUACUAUUCCUACGCACCGAAGAUAAGAAAACGAAACGUAAAACCGAGAAAAGAGAUAAAGACGUGAAUAAAAAUAUCAAUGGCUACACCAACUCCGCCUUAUCAGUAUCCAUAAGCGAACAAUCCUUUUACGAAGAUGUCUUGGAUAAACCCAAAUCGAAGAUAGAGCUCUCUCGAAUGACACGAUCUUUCUUCGUCCUACUUUCAUAUAGAUUGGUGAGGCUGACGCCAGCAUAUGCCUUCGUUAUAGGAAUAAACGAGCUUGCUUUACGAUACACGCAUAACCAUACAGUGUUCGAGCCGGCCAUCUUUGACCACAUCACAUGUGAGAAAUAUUGGUGGAGGAAUGUGCUGUAUAUCAACAACUUGUUCCCGCAGAAGGACAUGUGCAUGGUGUGGUCUUGGUAUAUGGCCAAUGAUACGCAAUUUUACGUCGUUGGUAUUAUACUGCUAUUAAUUUCGGUUAAGCACAUGAAAUUCGCAACAAUUUCACUCGUUUUGGUUCUGGCAAGCUCUUGGAUAACUACCAUAUACAUAUCAGUAUGGCACCAGUACAAAGCUCGGAUUCAGGAACCCUUCGAAAUGUUUGAUCCUCUUUACGACAAGCCGUGGUCAAGAAUUGGGCCGUACUUGAUCGGUAUGAUGGUCGGCUGGUAUUUACACAGAACAAAGUGUCAAGUGAAAAUACCUUGUUGGUUGGUGGCUAUUGGAUGGCCUGCAUCUAUUGCAAUCAUUGGAAGCCUGAUUUUCGGCAUGGUCGAUGGCUAUUUUGAAGUUUGGCCUACAGCGUUCUACAUUAGCGUUGGACAUACAGGAUGGGGAGUGGCACUCGCCUGGGUGGCCAUAGCUUGUUGCUGUGGUUAUGGUGGUCUCGCGAACUCUCUGCUGUCUUACAACGGAUGGUUGCCAUUAAGCCGACUUACAUAUUGCGCUUAUCUGGUUCAUCCAACCAUCAUGAUGUACACCUCUUUCUUGCUCGAUGGACCUCUUCAUCUACAGAACUCUAUAGUGAUAACAAUAUACGCCGGGUAUGCAGUUCUGGCGUUUUUGGCGUCGUUCGCAAUUUCCCUCGCCUUCGAAGCACCAGCUGUGAGGCUUUUAAAGAUCGCUAGCGGGGGAGAUAAGAGUAAAAAAGCUCGCUGAUUACACGAAUUGUGUUGAAAUGAGCUACUAAUGCUACAAAUUUUCGACAUACUUAUAAACAAAAUGUGGAUAUAAAACUCAGUGCCUGUAUUUUUGUUUAUUAAGAAAAUUUAAUGUUAUAAAUUUUUUGUAAAUAUUGUACUCUAUCAAAUUUAAUUUUUUAGGUUAGAAGAAGAAAAAGUAUGUAUUAAACCAACACGUACAGACCAUAUUAAUGUUUUCGAUAAUUGAAAUUCGAAAAUAAAUAUAAGACCCCAUUUAAGGUCUUAUAUUUAUUUUUGAACCAUAUCAAUUUCGGUCGGCUCCCAAAAUUGGAUGUAUAAAGCGAUCUGAUUUUGAAAUGAUAAAUAAUCUAUGGCAACCCAUUGUACAAGAUUAUUGGGUGGAAUAAUUUAUGGUCGUUAUCAAAGGGUCUCUUGAAUUACACAUAGUAUAGACUAUCACGUCUUUGAAAUUAACUCAGUUUAAAGUAAUUAUUUAAAUAAAUAUAUUCCUUCUGCAUAGCGUGUUUAUAAAUCCACAUAAAUUAGUACAUUAUAACUUAUACAAAAUGUUUUGUGUCAUAUACCUAUAUACUCAGUCUAACGCUAUGUGCCAAGGUAACAUAAAAAAAUUAGAUUAUUUAUAAAAGUUACCACUGGUUACCAUUAUUAUUAUCAUUAAGUAUUUAUGUAGUUACCAAGUAAAGUUGUAUUGUAGUUGGAACCCUGUCCCAAUAAUAGAAAUACACAUACCUAUAGACUCUACUCUUGAGAUGUUUCCUGACUACCGGUGAUAAGGUUCCAGCUGACAUAUCAAAUAGUCUACAUAAUAGAAGCAUUGUUAACGUGAACUUCCAUUGAAUAUAGAGAUUCUGUAUGUUACGCAGUUUCUAGAUAAGAUUUAUUCCAAAGGUGAGAGAUUGUAAUAUAUAUUGUUAUAUAUGCAAAUUUGUAAAAACGUAUUUUGAAUGUAAAAUAUUUAGUUAAGUAAAA